GUGCCAGCUAUCCUGAUGUCUGGAGAGGCACCUAUGUGUGACACUGAGCUUGGUGGUGGCAAGGUUAAGCAGCUGAGCAUGAGCGUCAGGUGUCGCACGUCCUGGUUCGAGCGGUUUGUGCAGCCCUGCCUGGUGGAGCUGCUGGGCUCUGCCCUCUUCAUCUUCAUCGGGUGCCUGUCGGUCAUCGAGAAUGGGCCAGACACCGGGCGGCUGCAGCCGGCCCUGGCCCACGGGCUGGCCUUGGGGCUCAUCAUCGCUAUACUGGGGAACAUCAGUGGUGGACACUUCAACCCUGCGGUGUCGCUGGCGGCCAUGCUGAUUGGAGGCCUCAACGUGAUCAUGCUUCUUCCCUACUGGCUAUCUCAGCUGUGUGGGGGGCUGAUUGGGGCCGCCUUGGCCAAGGUGGUGAGUCCUGAGGAGAGGUUCUGGAAUGCCUCUGGGGCCGCCUUUGUGACAGUCCAGGAGCAGGGGCAGGUGGGGGCGGCGCUGGGGGCGGAGAUCAUCCUGACAGCACUGCUGGCACUGGCCGUGUGCAUGGGCGCCAUCAAUGAGAAGACGCGAGGCUCUCUGGCCCCAUUCUGCAUUGGCUUCUCUGUCACCGUGGAUAUCCUGGCAGGGGGUGCUAUCUCUGGAGCCUGCAUGAACCCGGCUCGUGCCUUUGGACCUGCUGUGAUGGCCAACCACUGGAGCUUCCACUGGAUCUACUGGCUGGGCCCACUCCUGGGUGGCCUGCUCGUAGGACUGCUCAUUAGGCUCCUCAUUGGAGAUGGGAAAACCCGCUUAAUCCUAAAGGGACGAUGA